UCUCCUAGUAAUAGCAUUUCAAUGACCAGCUUGAAAGAGCUGAGUCUAGCUUUACGCUCUGUAGCUCUGAUUAUCUUACUUUCGAAGUGCAUUCUGGAUUUUUAUCAAGAAAGGUCGAUAUUUUUGUUUCCUUUUAACGGGAAAGAAAAAUGAUAUAUACAUCCGUUGAGUAAAGUUUAACUGAUGCCUUCUUUUCAUUGUUCUCAACUUCAUUGUUCAGUUUUGUAGCCUUUUUGAGCACUUUUAACGGUAAAUUUAUUGUUUAUAUUAAAUAGAUUUCCAUCUAACCUCUGUUUGGUAGCCGAGAAAACCGAGGAAAUUAAGAACUAAUACAUUGUUUCGUUUUCAGUGUGUGCGGAGAUAUUUAAUUAUUUAUUUGGAGAUUAAUGACAGUCGAAGCUUUUCUUUUGGUUCUUUUCUCGCUUUACUCUUUUCUUUUCUUUUGUUCUGGAGAGAUGAAGACAGUUUUGAGAUCCUAUGGUUAAAUUGCGUAUAUUCUGAGCAAAGGGCAUGUGUUUUAAGCGUGGUAUAAGGAUCUUUAGCUUAAAGAGUGGCAGUCAUGUGCAAAGUAGUAGCACCAUUUUUUUUAUAAUUCAUGUUUUAGAUCUUCUCUUUACGACGUAGCUUUGCUCAUAUUCUUUUAUAAAAAGUGCGGACUUGUUUCUCUUUCUCAGUUUUAAUUUAUACACAAUGGAUUUGCUUUUUCUAAGUCAAAUUUAAUAAUUUAAACCUUGAUUUUUUGGUCAGCUCUGUGUUAGUAUCUUAUUAGUAAUGAAAAAUCAACAUAGAGGAAGAUAGGAAAAUCUUUUCUCUAAGCUGAAAUUCAUCUUUAGAGGGAAGUAUUAAAUUUGUGGACAUUUCAUUUAGAUGUGUUCUGUUUCAUACUAUUUGUGAAUCAGUUUUCCUCCUGGCUUCACUGUACUUGAUUGGUUUCUUGCCUGUUCGAUGAUAAGCACUGUCAUCAGGGUGCGCUGCUUGUUGUGAUCAAUUUCUUUUUGCUCUUGCAUGUUCUCCUUGUGUGAACAUUGCCUGCAUUACCCUGAAAAGUGAAGAUACUGUACGACCGUUGCCUAAGGUACCUAUAGCCAUCUUUCUUUUCUGCACUCUCACAUUUCGUUCAACAAGCUCACUCUCUUAAACAUCAGAUGAACAACCUUAAGCUAGGGGUUGAUGUGGUCAGUGCCCACAAUCUUUUGCCUAAAGAUGGGCAAGGUUCAGCCAGUUCCUUUGUGGAGCUGUACUUUGAUGGUCAGAAGUUCCGUACCACUAUCAAAGAAAAGGAUCUCAACCCUGUUUGGAAUGAGAGCUUUUACUUCAAUAUCUCUGAUCCUUCCAACCUCCAUUAUCUCUCUCUUGAUGCGUAUGUCUACAAUAAUAUCAAAGGUUCUAACACCAGACCGUUUCUCGGGAAGGUUUGUCUCACUGGAACUUCAUUCGUUCCUUACUCUGAUGCUGUUGUCUUGCACUACCCCCUGGAAAAGCGUGGGAUAUUUUCACGUGUGAGAGGAGAGCUCGGCUUAAAAGUUUAUAUUACAGAUGAUCCAUCCAUAAAGUCCUCAAUCCCAGCACCCACUGUUGAAUCUUUGCCUAGUCGCGAACCCCACGUAACUCCUAUGCUUGCGCAAACAGUUCAAAGCCCGGUCAUGAAAGACAGGGUUGAAUCAAGGCACACCUUUCAUCAUCUUCCCAAUCCAAAUCUACACCAACACGAUCAGCAUCAUUCUUCUGAUCCAGCCGUUCAUCACCAUCAUCACGUACCAAAGUAUAUUGCUGAUGAGAUGAAACCAGAACCACCUCCUCCAAAGCUAGUACACAUGCACUCUGCAUUAUCUGCACAACCUGUUGAUUUUGCACUUAAAGAAACCAGUCCCUUUCUUGGUGGGGGAAGAGUUGUCGGGGGGCGUGUUAUCCAUGGAGAUAAGACUGCGAGUACAUAUGAUCUUGUUGAGCGGAUGCAUUUUCUCUAUGUAAGGGUUGUCAAAGCUCGUGAACUUCCUGCAAUGGAUGUUACUGGGAGUAUUGAUCCAUUUGUGGAGGUAAAGGUUGGGAACUACAAAGGCAUAACAAAGCACUUUGAGAAAAAGCAAAAUCCUGAGUGGAACCAGGUAUUUGCAUUUUCAAGGGAUCGUAUGCAAGCUUCUGUAUUAGAAGUUGUGAUUAAGGACAAGGAUCUGGUCAAAGAUGACUUUGUUGGAAUUAUAAGGUUUGACAUCAGUGAGGUUCCAUUACGCGUCCCACCAGAUAGUCCUCUGGCUCCAGAGUGGUACCGGCUUGAGGAUAAGAAGGGAGAGAAGAUAAAGGGUGAGCUGAUGCUUGCUGUCUGGAUUGGAACUCAAGCAGAUGAGGCUUUUUCUGAUGCGUGGCACUCUGAUGCAGCUACUCCUGUUGAUAGCACACCGGCUACAUUUACAGUGCUACGUUCAAAAGUCUAUCAUUCACCACGACUGUGGUACGUGCGUGUUAAUGUUGUUGAAGCACAAGACCUGGUGCCAACGGAGAAGAACCGUUUCCCCGAUGUGUACGUUAAGGCACAAAUAGGCAACCAGGUUGUGAAAACAAAGCCAUGUCAGGCUCGGACUCUGAAUGCCAUCUGGAAUGAGGAUCUUCUGUUUGUUGCUGCUGAACCCUUUGAAGAUCAUCUAGUUCUUUCAGUUGAGGAUCGUGUGGCUCCUGGAAAAGAUGAGAUAAUUGGGAGGGCCAUUAUACCAUUGAACUCCAUAGAAAAGCGUGCUGAUGAUCGAAUCAUUCAUUCUCGUUGGUUCAACCUUGAAAAGCCAGUUGCUGUGGAUGUAGAUCAGCUGAAGAAAGAUAAGUUUUCUAGCCGAAUCCAUCUUCGUGUUUGUUUAGAUGGAGGAUAUCAUGUGCUUGAUGAGUCUACUCACUACAGCAGUGAUCUCCGCCCUACAGCAAAGCAACUGUGGAGGCCACCAAUUGGGGUCUUGGAACUUGGCAUCUUAAAUGCAGUAGGUCUCCAUCCUAUGAAAACACGAGAUGGGAGGGGAACAUCAGAUACCUACUGUGUAGCAAAGUAUGGUCACAAAUGGAUCCGCACUCGCACCCUUGUUGACAAUCUGUCUCCAAAGUAUAAUGAGCAGUACACUUGGGAAGUUUUUGAUCCAGCUACCGUUCUCACAGUUGGUGUAUUUGACAACAGCCAGCUUGGGGAGAAGGGUUCAAAUAGUAACAAGGACCUGAAGAUUGGGAAGGUUAGGAUUCGCAUCUCUACUUUGGAAGCAGGUCGUGUUUACACACAUUCUUAUCCCUUGCUGGUUCUUCAUCCAACUGGGGUUAAGAAGAAGGGGGAAUUGCAUUUGGCAAUACGAUUCACAUGUACAUCUUUUGUAAACAUGCUUUACCAAUAUUCACGACCACUACUACCCAAAAUGCACUAUGUAAGGCCCUUCAGUGUGAUGCAGCUGGACAUGCUACGCCAUCAAGCUGUUAAUAUAGUGGCAGCACGCUUAGGUCGGGCAGAGCCCCCACUUCGGAAGGAGGUAGUUGAGUAUAUGUCUGAUGUGGACUCACAUCUUUGGAGCAUGCGCAAAAGCAAAGCAAAUUUCUUCCGACUAAUGACAGUUUUCUCAGGAUUGUUUGCUGUUGGGAAAUGGUUUGGGGAUAUCUGCAUGUGGAAGAAUCCUAUCACAACAGUUCUGGUUCAUGUGCUCUUUCUAAUGCUUGCUUGCCUCCCAGAACUGAUCUUGCCUACAAUUUUCCUCUACAUGUUUCUAAUAGGGGUGUGGAACUUCCGCUAUCGGCCAAGGUACCCUCCUCACAUGAACACAAAGAUUUCACAAGCUGAGGCAGUGCACCCUGAUGAGCUUGAUGAGGAAUUUGAUACGUUUCCUACAAGCAAGAGCCCGGAGCUGGUUAGAAUGAGGUACGAUCGGUUGAGGAGUGUGGCUGGUAGAAUUCAGACUGUGAUUGGUGAUGUUGCAACUCAGGGGGAGCGGUUUCAAGCACUACUAAGCUGGCGAGACCCACGUGCUACUGCCAUCUUUAUUUCAUUUUGCCUUGUAGCUGCCAUAGUGUUGUUUGUGACACCAUUUCAAGUGAUAGCAGCCUUGACAGGGUUCUAUGUGAUGAGACACCCAAGAUUUCGAUACAGGUUGCCACCAGUGCCAAUAAACUUCUUCCGUCGGCUGCCUGCCAGGACAGAUAGCAUGUUGUAGGUCAGACACAGGAUGUUUCUGGCAAGACUUCGGAAUCUCCAAGUCCUCAGUUUUUCCUGGUGCAGCAUGCUUAUUAUCAGCAACAGUUUUACGGGGAUUUGGACCAUAAAAUAAUUUGUAUCUGCUCUAUAUGCUGAAUCAGAAUUAGAAUAAAGUGAAGAGUAGUUACAAUAAUCAAGCUUUCAAAUGGAUAAUAUGACAAAGUUAGUGUAGUCCAGGAAUCUGCAACCAUCUGAUUGCUAUGCUCAACAAUCAGCUUCACUAGAGCUGCACUGUUUGUGGGGAAGAGGAAAACGAAAGAAAAGGAGUGGUUUAAAGGACUUCAUCCUCUUGAAACAUUUUUCCACGUGGUGAAAUUUAAAGCUCAAUUCUAGGCAACUUAAGUCUCUAUCACAUAUAGAAAUGUUGUGAUAAGCUUCUGAUUUGCUCGAAAUUUGUGUUGAGAUAUUAUACAAAUUAUCUUAUUAAAUAAAUAUUAUUAUCUAGUUAAA